UUGGAAUUCUUAUCAAUUACUUUUUGGCCAUCAUCAAGCCAUCAUGCUUUAAUAACAAUAUGACAUUAGUCUGUCAAUUUAACUGUCAAUCACUUAUUUGUUUUGGUUUUUAUAAUAAUGGUAAAAUAACAUUGGAUUAGAUCUUGUUGAUAUAUCUUAAGAAGAUUAACCAAAAGAGUACUAAUAUUAAUAUUGUGCCAUCGGGCCUGUAAAAUAUAAUGGAAAGGUUAAAUGAAAAUAAAGAUCUUAAAGUGCAAAUAGAAUAUUGCGGUGCUUGUGAUUACGGAGGGCAUUGCCUUGCAUUAGCAAAUGCUAUUAAAAAAUGUACACCAAACGCUGUAGUAUUAUGCAAGAGAGGACGUCAAGGUUCUUUUGAAAUAUUAAUAAAUGACAAACUUAUUUAUUCAAAGUUGCAAACAAUGGCAUUACCUGACUAUGAAGAAGUAGUCAACGUUGUUUCAAAUGUUUCUAAAGGAGACGAACCAAAAGAAAUAAAAGGACAACAACCAAUUAACUGUGCAAUUUCAUAACAAUUUAUUCAAAAUAUAACAUUAACAAACCAGUGUAAAAAGAAAAAUAUAAGCUAGUGUAACAAAAAUGUAAAUACAGUGUGAUGAAAACAAAUUGUGUUUUAAGUAUAAAACAUGUGUUUACAGUAUAUAACACUUUUAAAAGUGUAUUUGUUAGAAUUCAGAUUAAAAUAAAAUAGAUAAAAAAUUGAUUUUAAGUUCAAAUUAAACAAAAAUUAGAACUUAAAAAACAUUUAGAAAUUAUAUUUGAAAUAGACAGGCAUUUACUAAUUUAUUUAACUUUACAUAAUGUUGUCAUUACAAGAUGACCAAAAUUUAGUAUGUUUUAAAAAGAUAUUUUACUGCAUAAGAAUCUUGAAUUCAUUCUAACUAUUACAAAUAAUUGAAAUAAAGAUGUAUUCCCUAAUAACUGCUAAAAUCUCAUAGUCUUAGCUGAAAAUAGAUCAAUACUUGUAAAGUUGUAAAACAUUUUUUCUAUUCUAAAAAUCACAGUGAUAUAAAGGCAAGAUAAUUGUUGUUUCUGAGCUUCACAUUUUUUACGUUGUCAAGGCCACCCUUUGAAUAUAAAAUUGGCAAUAUUACUAACAUCAUUUAGUAGCACAUAUAUUGGCACUAAGAUAUUAAAGUUGCUAAGUCCGUGGUAUGGAAUGCAAUAUAUAAAAUUGAGUUUUUUAUUUUUAUUUAAAUAUUUAGUGUUAAGGAACAUUAGUUGUUUAGGAAUGCGGAAGACACACUUAAACCUAAAUUAUAAAGACAAAAAUAUCCUGGCAGCACCAAGUUGUGUAACAAUAAUACAUUGUUCUUAUCUUAUUAAGAAUUAAAAAAAACUAUUAUAGAUAGUAUGAUACUUGACAAAUAACUAGUAAAAAUCAACUAAACAUAAUGCGGAUUGAAUUUAGUUCAAAUAAUUAUAUUUUAGACAUAAAUUCAUACAUCUGCAAGUAAGUUCAAAAUUCAGACUGUUUAAGAUCUACUGG